GUGGUGAUGAUGCUGGGCAUGUAGGCUUGUCAGCCUCUAAGCAUCUUGCUACUGCGCAUGUUGCAUGACAGGUGCACACGCUAGCCUCCAUCUUGGGUUUCCCCAACAUAGGCUAAACGUACAGCAGCGCCAUACACUAAAUCAAAAUAAAAAAAAAUAAAAAAACAAAACAGCGGGAAACCAAAAUAAGAAAAUGUUGGCAGUCUGCCUAAAUGUAGGUAUUGAAUUCAAAUGUAAUUUUCAUUUAUGAAUGCGAGAGAGACAGACAGAAUGGGAGAAGAGGAGAUCAUGAAAAACAAGGACCAAGACGCGUCAUGAAGGCUCACUGAAGACCACUUGCAGAGUCAGCGUUAGGAACAAGAAAAUAAAAAUAACUGGCGUACGGCGAAGCGUCAAGAUGAAGGAGAUGAAGCUGACCGCCUUUCUUCUCCUCCUCUUGGUUUGGAUGGAGGGAGGAUCCACCAAGGAGAAAGGAACUAAGAAAGGGAAGAAGAAAGGAAGGCAGGUCGACUGUCCCUCAGAGCUGUCAGCUGAGGACCUUGCACGGGUUCCUGAAAAUUCAACCAGCAACAUCUUGAACAGGUUACUGAUCACCUACGAUCCCAGAAUCAGGCCCAACUUCAAAGGCAUUCCUGUUGAAGACAAAGUGAACAUUUUCAUCAACAGCUUUGGGUCGAUCCAGGAAACCACCAUGGAUUACAGGGUGAAUAUCUUCCUGCGUCAGCGAUGGAACGACCCCAGGCUCAGACUUCCUCAGGACUUCAAGUCUGAAUCGCUCACCGUCGAUCCCAAGAUGUUUAAAUGCCUCUGGAAGCCAGAUCUGUUCUUCGCCAACGAGAAAAGUGCGAACUUCCACGAAGUCACCCAGGAGAACAUUCUGCUGUUCAUCUUCCGUAACGGAGAUGUUCUGAUCAGCAUGAGGUUGUCAGUAACUCUAUCGUGCCCCCUGGACCUCGCUCUGUUUCCCAUGGACACCCAGCGCUGUAAAAUGCAGCUGGAGAGCUUUGGCUACACCACAGAUGACCUGCGGUUCAUGUGGGAGACUGGAGACCCAGUCCAGAUGGAGGAGAUCGCCCUGCCUCAGUUUGAUAUCAAACAGGAGGACAUCGAAUACGGGAACUGCACCAAGUUCUAUGAAGGAACAGGUUAUUACACGUGCGUGGAGGUGAUCUUUACCCUGAGGCGCCAGGUGGGUUUCUACAUGAUGGGCGUGUACGCGCCCACUCUCCUCAUCGUGGUCCUGUCCUGGCUCUCCUUCUGGAUCAAUCCCGAUGCCAGCGCCGCCCGGGUUCCUCUGGUCGUUCAUCAUCACUUCCAUCCCAUCCCUCCAUCUGCUGUAGAGGGCGACCUCAUGACACCCCAGUAAAUGGGAUCAUCGCAGGUCAGUCAUUCUCACAGUGUGUGCUCAUUGGAUUUCGUUGCACAGAUGUUUGUGUGUGUGUGUGUAGCAUGUGUUUGUCUGUUUGUGUUGUUGGUGUUAUUCUUAUUGUCAGGUUUGUUUUGAGCCUGACAUAUUGCGAGGCUCGGUGUAGGUCAGUGCUUGUGGAGAUCAGAGGCUAACUCUUGUUUUGUCCCCACUGGAAAAAUUGUCGUUGAGGGGCAACGUUGUAUCAGCUAUCAGCUCCCCAAACAGAAACAACACCUUCUUUGUGGUUUAUAAAACAGGUCAGGGCUGGGUAAUCAUCUUUACAGCACAUUCAGAGUCUUUUAUAUAACGGCCUAGAUUAAUUGUUUGUUCCCGGAAAAAACUGUGAAAGCAGUCUAUUAUCGGACCACAGGUGAACUCACAUUAGCACUACAACGGGAAAGGUAAAACAGGAUUCAUGGAGUUUGUAAUUAGUCUUUUGUUUUAAGUCCUGCAGCAGUGAUUGUGAUGAUUUCUAUCAUAAUUUAUCUGUUCAACAACCCCAUUUAUGUAAUUCUUCGACAGCUAUAUAAUAGUUACAAUGUUCUAAACAGCGAGUGAGUUACAUAUUGGAACAAGCAGGUAUUGUACUGUACACCGUCUUGGGCUGAGGCAAACAAACAUUCGGAAAUUGUAUUGUAUUGAAGAUCAUUGUAGUUUUCAGCUGUCCGGCUUAGCUACCACCAACAUAAAUCAAUUAGGUUUAAAAAUUAAAACUUUAAGCUAAACUUCGAGGCACAUAAAGUACUGUAGAUGUCAGAUCAGACGUCCACCCCGAAGGGACGCAGAGAUCCUCCUCACAGCAGCAGCUCAGGUCCAGCCUCCCUCCCUGACCUUGCCCUGACAAGGUUGUCCGGCUCUCUG